AAGAUCAUAAUAUCGUUGUUCCAAGAGGGUCGUGUGUUGGAUACCGUACUUCUGGCACUUGUCUAUCGAUCUUUUGGUGUUGGGCAAGCAACCGUAACCAAGGCAGGGGUAGAUAUUUUUAAUAUGUCCCUUUGGUGCGUGACUGGUGGAGCUCUGUGCUGUCAGAACCCCCGACCAGCCAGCACCCAGUAAGCUUCGAUGAUACUGGUGCAUCCAUCUAGCAAUGCAAACGGUUGGGCAUUGAGUUGAGCAGUCUCUCGGAACCCUUGGCCACUCAGUUUCUAGCAACCCCAGGACCUAUCCCCGGCCCAGCUUGAUGCACGGACCCUUUCACCACACAACCCUAGUAUGCAUGAAGCAACAUCCACCAUAUUCAAGCUUCCACAGGACCAUUGCCCAGACCUACAUGAAAAACCAACUGCAGCAGCAGCACCCGAUAAGGAUAUUGUAAUGUGACAACAUGAGGGGCAGAAUAGUACGAGUAAAAGGAAUGGAAUAGAUAUUGAAACUCGAGCCAAGGAAGUCCUCGGCUUACUAGUACUGGUACGUACCACUUCAGUUCCGAGCAGUUGUACAGCUGUACAGUACGUUGGUCUGGAAGCAAGAUCUUGUCGGGUAGAUAUGGUAAUGUUAGGGUUAACGUUUUAAAGUACUCUUUGAAGAGUCAUUUUUAUUACCGCAUCUACCUGACGUUUGAAGCUAUGAGUCUUGUAAGCACCGCAGCUAAAAGGAGGAUCAAACGGCCAGAGCAGCAAACAGCGAAGAAGAUACAAACACAACACACAGACCGCUAGCACACACCAUCUUCACAAGAGACCAAACAACAGUACCUUACGUGCAAAGCCAGCCGAAACAACUCAAAAGGAAGAAGGAUGCCAGCGACGAAAAAGGACGAUGACGAUGAGACAGUGCUCUCCCUUUCCGAGCAGACGAAUCGACCCGCCGAUGUGGCUCUCAACCAACAGCGGAUCGCCGCUUGGCAUCCCAUCUUGGAUCCUGUCUGGGUGAUCAUUGCUCUGUUUUACUUGGGCGUAAUUAUGGUUCCUGUAGGCUUCAAAAUGCAGGACUUGUCCAACGGUGUGGUCGAACUUCGAAAGACGUAUGACUCCUUUGAUGAUCCCAAUCUUCGAGAAUGCGGCAUCAACACUACAUAUAAUGCCAGGCGGAAGUGUUCUUUGGAGUUUAUUGCUACUCAGUACAUGGAACCUCCCAUUUUGGUUCAUUAUGAAUUGACCAAUUUCCAUCAAAAUCACAGAGAUUACUACCAAUCCAGGGAUGCUUAUCAAUUGUAUGGCAGAUCUUCACUGCAACAGACUAGUUUGGAGGCGUCCUUGUGCGACCCGCUCAACAAGCUAGGCAAUGUUUGGCUCAAUCCCUGCGGACUCAUUGCAAAUACCUUCUUCAAUGAUAUUUUCACGCUGGAAUCCGGACAAGACGCCGAGGGCAACACACUAAACUUGAUUGAAAAGGGAGUGGCAUGGGCAUCUGAUAUAGAAUUCAAAUUCAAGCAACCAGAUGGAUUUGCCAUGGAAGCAUGCGAAAAUCCGACACCCAACAAUAUCAAUGCCGACGGAACCACAUCUACAUCGUGUGAUCCUGAUUGCUGCUUGGCGCAAACCAGGACCGAUGAUACAGCUGGCCUCACCAAUCAAUCUUGGAGCUGCAGUGAACCCGCUGUUCAUCCUGACGAUGGAAAGUGUUAUCGGUAUCACUAUCCCGAUGAAGAGAUUACACAGUAUCUCUACGAAACGUACCCUGAUGUCGUCAAUCCUCUCGAAGGUGUGACCAAUGAACAUUUUAUCGUUUGGAUGCGGAUAGCCACCUUACCGACCUUUCGAAAGCUUUACGGAUACUUCAAUGAACCCAUUGCCAAGGGAUCACGGUUCACCAUUCAAGUCGAAGCCAAUUACGUUGUUGAAUCUUUCAAAGGCAGCAAAUCAAUCAUUAUCAGCACCAACAAUAUCUUUGGAGGGCAGAAUCCGGUCCUUGGCAGGACUUUUAUUGUGGUUGGGUUCAUUUGCAUCGUGUCAGGCUUGUUCUUUACCAUGAAGCAUUGGCUGCGGCCACGAAAGUUGGCAGACACGCGCUAUUUGCAUUUCAAAGAAGAUUGAGCCUUGUGCUUUGCAGCGAUUGAAUUCUCCCGGUGGUGUUCAUGCAUUUCAGUUUAUAUGUCUUCCUAAACUAUUUUAAUAGCUCAUAUUAUAUCG